AUGACAACCUAUGGCACUAUACCAUCCCAAGCAAAUACCUCGUCGAGCCUGAGCUUAUUAGGACGAGCCAAAGAAUUGAUCUCGUUAGGCCUUAGCUCUCAAAGGCCAUGGCUUGAACUUGUCCAGUGUAGUGCCUUUAGCCUUCCUGUGUCCUUUAGUGUAGCUACCGAACGAAUCAAAACCAACAUCAUGAUCUUUCGAACAAACUACAUUAUCAUCUUCAUUGUUUCUAUCUUCAUCAGCAUGCUCUGGCAACCCGUCCACCUUUCUGUCUUCUUUAUUUUGAUAGUCGCAUGGAUAUAUGUCUACUCCCGGGAUAAUGAACCAUGGGUGAUAUUUGGCAAUGUGAUCGAUGAUUCUAAUUUGGUGCUGGUUUUGUUGGUCCUCACGAUCGGUAUAUUUCUAUUAACAGAUGUAUCCCGCGGUAUUAUGAUCGGGGUUAUGGCUGGUUUGCCCGUUGUUCUGGUUCAUGGCAUGUGUAGGAAUACAGAGAUGUUGUUCGUCUUGGAAGAUGAUGAAGAGAAGCUGACAAUGCACACAGCAUCUUCGUCGCUUUCUUCUUCCUCUUAA